AUGAGAGUAUGCAUAGGAAAUUGGAAGAUGAAUGGUGAUAAAGAGACUGUUCAUAGGAUGUCACAGGUAUUGAAUAAUAUACAGGGCAGUAUAAGUACUGUUAAGGUGGUAGUCUGUGUACCAUACACUUUAUUAUACGAAGCAAGAAGGGAGUUUAAUUCUGUAUUUGAAAUUGGUGCGCAGUGCAUAUGCCCAUAUGCCGAGAAAGGCUCGUAUACAGGAGGAAUUGGGCCAUACCAAAUAAAAGAUGCUGGUGUAAAUACAAUAUUAAUAGGGCACUCAGAGCGGGAGAAGUACUUUCAUGAGACAGAAGAAGAAAUAAGAGACCAAUUAAAAAUUGCAAUUAAAAAUAGGCUGAAUAUUAUUCUCUGUGUGGGAGAGUACGAAAAGGAUGGAAGUACAGAGGAAACCAGUCAGAUAAUCAGGAAUAGGUUAGAUAUAAUUAAAACCCUAGAAAUAAAUAGUAGUGUAAUCAUAGCGUAUGAACCAGUGUGGGCCAUUGGUACUGGAGAUGUUCCCAGUGCAGAGAGAAUACAAAGUACAGUAAAUAUAAUACAUAAUGAAGUGGGGGGUAAAAUAGAAGGAAUACUGUAUGGUGGAUCAGUUACAAAAGAUUCUGUACAGAAUUUAUUGUGUAUAAAGAAUUUAUCUGGGUUUCUUAUAGGAAAUGCAUCUCUAACAGAAGAAUUUGCAAGUAUUUGUGAAAUACUCAGUAAAAAUGAACAAAACGGGCAAAUAAAAGAAGAAUGAGGUUAAGAGAGAAAACAACUAGAAAUAUGAUCAAUCUAAUUAGAGCGGAU